AAGUGAAACGACAGAGGUACUCAUGCAAAAAGGAAAAUAAAAUAAUUCUUUUUUUCUAAAUUUAAAAAAAGAAAAAGAAAGAAAGAAAGAAAGAAAAUAGAAAAAUGCAAAUAUAAAUAAAGAGAAAACUCGUGGUCUACUUUGUUUGAAGAAGCUUAGCAAUAAGAGAAAGCAAGAACCUGCGGUGGCGCGUGAAGGAGACACACGGCGGAGUUUGCAAUAAUAAUAAAUUUCUCCUCCGGUGGUGGCCGUGAAUAAUGGGUUCUAGAGAGCGAAAGAAAGCAGCAGCAGCAGCUAAUUCUUCUCAUCACAACUCUAAAGAAUUUCGUGCAUCCACAAGCUCUAGUGCUGUGGUGAAUGUGGAGAGUGUAGAAAGGGGUUUUCUAAUAAAUGUAUUUUUGGAAAGAAAUUCACCUGGAUUGCUAGUUCGGAUUCUAGAAGCCUUUGAGAAAUUAGGACUUGGAGUCCUCGAUGCAGACAUAUCUUGUUCCGAUUGUUUCCAACUCCAAGCUGUUGGAGAAGAGAAUGAAGGGAGAAAAAUCAUAAAGGCCCAAGUGGUGAAAAAUGCAGUAAAACAAGCAAUCAAGGAAUGGAGUGAAAGUGAUGGGCAGGCAUGAAUUAUAUAUAUAAAUAUAGAUAUAUAUAAUUACAAUUAUAUUUAUUUUCCUUUUUUACCAAACAGAAUUACAUCACUUCUGGUGUAUAAGGUAACCAAAAUUUUCAACUCUCUUUCAAGUGUAGAAUUUGAAAUAUCUCCAACCAAAAAGAAAAAAAAAAAAAAAAAAAGAAGUAUUAUUUCUUCUCAAAACCCUUAGAAGAAAUUCAUAAAUUUGUUUUUUUUUUUGUUUUCCUCUUUCCAUUUUGUUUGUUCUAAAAUGAUAAUGUGUACUUACAUUUUUA